AUGGCAGGAGCAAAAGUUCUUGAUCGGAGUUGUUCUUAUGGUUCCUUGCUAUUCUGUAGAAUCGGUGAGUUUAUUUGCUAUUCUGUAGAAUCGGAGUUUCUUUGUUUUGAAUGGUUUUCUUUUGUUGCAAAGGAUGGUGCACAAGAUGAAUUCAGUUUUAUGCUGUAUUUUAAAAUGCUAUGCUGUAUGUAUGCUGAUCUGCAUUUUAUUCUCUUGUGUUCUUUGUCUGGUGAUGUUCAAAUUGUUAGGGAGCUUGUUACAAAUUUGUUAACGGUUUUGUUUAUUAAUGUUUUCUCUGUUCAUUGUCUUGGCUUUUCUAAUCUAUUCAUCCUUAUUCUGCAGCAUAUUGAAGACUUGACUCAGGAAAAGUUUUCACUGCAACGAGCUCUUGAGGCCUCACGUACAUUAGCAGAAUCUUUGGCUGCUGAAAAUUCAUCUUUGACUGAUAGUUAUAACCAACAGAGAAGCAUUGUCAACCGGCUAAAAUCUGACAUGGAGAGCUUACAAGAAGAAAUCAAGGCCCAACUGGAUGGUGCACAGGAUGUUGUUGAACUUUGGCCUGCAAUGCAAUAGGAAACCAGCAGCAAACCAGCGUGCAGACCAGCAUCCAAGCUGAACCAGAUAAGCAGCAGCAUUUUGUUUAUUUUGUUCAUUUUUAACUUGAUUUAGUUGCAAUGUAAUUUAUACUUAAAAUUAGUAGGAGUAGUUGUUGAUUUAUGUUUGAUGUUAUAGCUGGUAUGUCAGCUACAUUUUGUUUGUAAUUCUAUCUAGGCUUUAGUCAUGUAUCUUAUACUUGACUCGUUCAAGCUUUUGAUGGUUUUUGAACCAUGAACAAUAAGAAAUGAAUCAGAUAUGUUGAUGAAGAAUUGAACA